AUGGCCUCAAAGGAGGCUCAACAGCUACAUGCAACUACCAAAAUUGGUGCCAUACGUUCGAAAGUUGAUGCUGAACUUGACACCCUGGUCACAAGUGGCGUUCUGGAACCAGUAGCUAUUAGUGAGUGGGCAACGCCUAUUGUUCCCGUGCCAAAGAAAAAUGGAGAAAUUCGAAUCUGUGGAGAUUUCAAGGUGACGCUGAAUCCUGUACUAGCUGCUGAACAAUAUCCUCUCCCUCACAUUGAUGAUUUGUUUGCAGGGCUUAGUCGAGGACAGAAGUUUAGUAAAAUGGAUCUGAACCAGGCCUACUUGCAGAUGCGUGUCCAGGAAGAAUCAAAAGCGUUUCUCACGAUAACAACACAAAAGGGUCAGUUCAGAUACUGUCAACUUCCUUUCGGAAUCACGUCAGCCCCUUCACAUUUUCAGCGUGCCAUGGACCAGAUCCUCAGUGGCCUUCCGGGUGUGCAGUGUUACCUCGACAACAUCCUUUGCACUAGGGCUACCGAUGAGGAACAUCUGCGUAAUCUGGAUGCAGUCCUUCAGAGACUACAAGACUAUGGCCUUCGAGUCCACAAAGACAAGGGCGAGUUCUUCAGGCCGUCAGUUGAAUAUCUGGGACAUGUAAUCGAUGCAAACAGAUUGCACACUGCCCCAUCCAAGAGCCGCGCCAUUGCAGAUGCUCCACCACUACAGAAUGUGAGUCACCAUUGCAUAGAGGCUUUUCAGAAAGCCAAGGACACCCUGUUGAUGUUUGGAGUGCUGACACACUUUGACCCCUCUCUUCCAAUUCAGCUAGCCUGUGAUGCUUCUCCCUAUGGAGUGGGAGCUGUUAUUUCCCAUAUACUGCCAAAUGGAGAAGAAAGUAUUGCAUUUGCAUCGCGAACAUUGAAUAAAGCGGAGUCCAACUAUGUGCAGAUAGAAAGGGAAGCACUGAGCAUUGUCUUUGGAGUUCGUCGUUUUCACCAGUAUCUCUAUGGACGGCGAUUCACCCUUUUUACAGAUCACAGACCCCUCACUACCAUCCUGGGGCUGCACUCAGGCAUACCAUCACUUGCGGCGAACCGCAUGCAAAGAUGGGCUAUGCUAUUAUCAGCCCACUCAUACGAUAUUAAAUAUCACAAGACAGACCAACACCAAAAUGCAGACGGGUUGUCCAGGCUUCCCCUGCCCGUUACCAAGCCAGAGUCAAGCAGCACAGGCAUUUUCUACUUCAGCCAGGUAGAGGGCAUGCCCGUAUCAGCUGUCCAAGUAAAGAGAGCUACGCGCAUGGAUCCUGUCUUGGCAGGGGUCCUGGACAUGGUGAUGAAGGGCCAUUCAAGAAGUGAUGUCCCUGACCUUCAGCCAUACCUCUCAAGGAGGACUGAAUUGUCAAUACAGUCUGGAUGUUUGCUGUGGGGGAGGAGGGUGGUCAUUCUGCCAACAUUACGGAAGACUGUUCUGCGACAACUCCAUGUGGGUCAUAGUGGAAUUGUGCGCAUGAAAGAAUUAGCGAGAAGUUACUUUUGGUGGCCAGGAGUGGACCGAGAGAUUGAGAAUGUAGCCAAGACCUGCCACAAAUGCCAGAGGGUUCGGAACAUUCCACAGUUAGCUCCCCUACACCCUUGGGAGUUCCCAGAAGAACCAUGGCAGCGUGUUCAUGUGGAUUUCGCGGGACCAGUGGAAGGGCGGAUGCUACUGGUAGCUGUAGAUGCACACAGCAAAUGGCCCAAAGUGACAAUCGUGAAAUCUACCACUACUAACAAAACCAUUGAAAAAAUAGGGGAAAUGUUCAGUCGUUUUGGGUGCCCCAUACAGUUAGUCUCGGACAAUGGUCCCCAGCUGGUGUCAGAAGGAAUGACCAUUUUCCUGCAAGCAAAUGGGGUACAGCACGUCAAAUCAGCACCUUUCCACCCGGCUACUAAUGGGUUAGCCAAAAGGUUUGUCCAAACCCUGAAACAUGCACUUAAGACCUCUCAAGGUCAAGGAACAUUUCGUCAGAGCUUACACAGAUUUUUGUUGACUUAUAGGAUCACUCACCACGCCACCACCAAGGUCUCUCCAGCAACCCUGAUGUUCAAGAGAGACCUGCAAACCCAUUUUGACCUGUUAAAACCCCUCACAGUGAAAGACGCUGUGCAAAAUCAGCAGAAAAAGCAGACUCAGCAACAGAAACAACAGGCUAAGGAAAGGAACUUCUCUCCUGGUGACCCAGUGUUAGCCAGAAAUUACAGUACUGGUCCACAGUGGGUGCACGCAACCAUUUUGACGCAGACCAGUCCUGUUUCAUACACCGUUCAGACUGCUGACGGUCGCAUGUGGAGGAGACAUGUCGACCAACUCCUGCAGACUGCAGCACCAACACUCACACCACCUCCAGAGGACUGUGUUGGGGAUUCGCUGGGAGGCCACACUGGUGACCCCGUCUCAGCACCUGGGGGUACCUCUCUUCUUGAGGUGCCGGUUCCUGACCCUCCGCCAGAGAUGCCGGUGGGGCUGGCGCCUCCAUCCCCAGCAGGAAUGUUAUCGCCACCUAAGGACAAUAGGGAUAGCCCUCCCGGUGAGCGCCAAUACCCAGAAAGAGAGCGGCGGCCUCCCAAAUGUAUGGAUUUAUGA